AUGGUGCCGGGGCUGGUGCUGAACCUCCUCUUCUUCUUCAUCAUGCAAGGUACGGGGCGGGUCUGGGCACAAGAACCCCAACCCUUGGAGGUGAACGGAGCCAUCAGUGGGGUGGCAUUCCUGAACCCCUGCCGCCCCCGAGACCCCUCAGAAUAUUCCCAAAUCCAUUGGCGCUGGGAAAACAGGCUGACAAUUGCCAGCCAGAGGUGGGACCAGGAGCCCAGGUAGCCCCAGAGAGACUUUCGGGGGCAUCUGGAGCUCUUUGAGAACCACACGCUAAAAAUGAGUGACCUGAGGGUUGGGGACAACAGCGAGUACCACCUGUACCUGCAGGAUGACACGGGCAAGGAGAGCGUCCAGAGGGUCCGGCUGAGGGUCUACGAUCUGGUCCCAAAGCCCCAUGCGGUGGCCACCAGCAGCGGUGACGCCCAACAGUGCAACGCCACCCUCAGGUGCUCUGUGGCCCUCGAAGGGGUCACCUACGAGUGGAUCCCACCCCAGAAACUCCCGAGGAACGACAUCCCCGUCCUGAGGGUGUCCUUCAACCCCGCCCUUGAGACCUACGUGUGCAGGGUCACCAACCCCGUGUCCUCCAACAACGCCUCGCUGACCUACCGGCCGCCCUGCAGCUGGACAGGGGAGUCCUCGUCCUUCACCUGUGCCACGCCCAGCGCCCCGGUGGCCCUGGGAAACCUGGUCCUCCUCUUCCUCCUGCUGCCCGUGGCCUGAGGACACCGCAGGUGACACCUCCUGUCACCUCCUCACCUUCCACCACCACCGGGACAACACCUGGCUGAAGAUCCCAAAAUCCCCCGGGUGCAGGAAAAUGCGCUUGUUCAACCGGAAUGGAAUUGUUGAAUUGCUGGUUAAUUUGGAAAUCAGAAUAAUUUAAUUUAUGGUUAAUUUGGAAAUUGGAAGAAUUUAAUUUAUGGUUAAUUUGGAAAUACUCCGCGAACUGGAAUUCCGAAUUUGGAAUUUCUCCCCGAAAUCUGCAGGGAGACCCAAUCUGAGCCUUUCCUGGGGUUUCCUGGAAUUUUGUUGUAUCCUCCUUUUUUUGGAAUGGCCUCGAAGGGCAGAGACGAGGUGACACCUUCUCUUUUACCAGCCAGGGAGGGUUGGGGUCUGUUUUGGAUUUCCCAAAAAUUUUCUUUGCACAUUAAAUUUGAUCCUGAACACCACAUUUUUAAGAUUUUCUGUAUUUUUCUUCAGUCUGGGACGUCUCAUGGCUCAGAGAUCCAGGGGCGAUGAUGGAAAAAUCUCGGAGAUGUUUUCCCCCGCAGCCUCGUUUUUGGGGACAAAAUUCCUUCCUUUGUUCCCCCAGAGGAGGAUCCGGCUCUGGAGGGUGGGAUGUGGAUCCAGAGGGGUGGGAAGAAAUCUUGGGAAUUACAGAGAUGAUCCCUCAAAAAAAAAAAAAAAAAAAAAACCGACGUGGAAAAAUUUGGGAUACUUCCAGCUCCACCAACCCAGCCCAAAAAAGGGGGAAAUUGGGGAUUUCACCUCCAUAAAUCCCAAAAAGUUCCACUUUAGGCAAAGAUUCCCAAGGCCGGAAUCACCCAAGGGUCAAGAGGGAAUUCCUUGGAAAAUUCCAAGGAAUUCGAGCCCUGCCUGAGGAGCGGCUCAGGAUAAUUCCUGCCCCGUGGUUGAUGAUUUUAACACCAAAGUUGAUUUUUCCAGUGGAAAUAAUUUUUUGGGGGCCUUGGUCCAUUCCUAUGUGGAGAUUUUGAGCUUUAAUUCCGUUUAUAAAAUCCAGGAUAUCCAAGAAAAUCUCUGGAAAUUAAUAAAUAUUGGUCCUGGUGCUGAAUCUCAGUUUUCCAGGCAGAAAAUUCCAGGGUGAGUUGAUGGGGGAAAAUAAAGGAUUUAGGAUCGUUAUUUCCACUUACAAGAGUUUUUCCUGUCAUUUUAUGUUCCUUGCUUCCCAAAAGGAUUUUUUUCCUGGAUUAUUUCACUUCAUUGAUUUUUCCUGCCCAAUCCCAGCCAAGACCAGGUGGGGAAAAUUUGUUUCUUUGGGAUUUUAUUUCGGCUUUUCUGGACCAUUUCUGGAUCAAAAAAUCCUGUUGGGACCUGGAGGUUGAACUGGUGGAGAAAUACAUGGAGAAAUCCAUGGGAAUUCCAGGUGGGAUUUGUGCCAUUAAAAACACCUCCAGAACCCCAAA